AUGGAUCAAAUCAGGAUCGCACUAGCCUAAUUAUGGAUCCAAGAAGUUUUAACAGGAGUUUCAAUUCAGGAUUAUAUUGCUUUGGAUUAACCCUACAAGAUAUUACAAAAUCAUUUGGGAAACGGAAAAAAUACGAUGGCGACAAGCUUCAUAAAGACACCAAUUCCAGGAAGCAAGAUUAAUUCAAGCAAUUAAUCGAUGACUCUCUAAUACUUUGGAGGGAAAGAAUUUCUAUCACCAACCUCUGAGUAAAGUUAAUAAACAUCAGUUCAUUAAAACAUAUCUUACCUCGAUUAAAACAAUAGUUUGAACACCAAUUCUGACAACUUCUUGAGCAAUCAAAGAUUCACUUCAAAUGAUAAAGCUCGUAAUUAAUUAAUUUAAGAUGAUAAGAAUAUUGCAGAAGUUUAAUUAGUGAGUAGCAUUAAAAAGAAGCCUUAACAAGCCCAGGAGACAUUCAAUAGAAGUGAGUAUUACUAAAUUUUAGAAAAAUAAUCAGAAAAAGAUGAUACAACAUUUGCAUCAGAGAGAUGUAACUUUGAAGCUGAGGAAUUAGAGGAACAGCUAGAUUAAAGACUAUUACAAUAAGCAAAAGGUUUACCAUAUGUCAUUAAUGUCAAUGAAGGAGAUUUGCAAUAUAAUAUGUUUGAAUUACUUGUGAAUAAAUUCAUGAACAAAGAAGACUUAACUUAAAUUAAUCAAGAAAGUGAAAAUCAAUUGAAAUAGCAGAAGAGCGCCAAAAAGAAAAGUAAGACUAAAAACAAGAUUUUAAAGACUUAAUCUGCAAAAAAAAAUAUUUCAAGUAGCAAGAAAAAAAUUGAUUCUCAAGAGAGAUUUAGAGAGAGUGUAAACAAAGAAAAUUUUAAACCAUGCUAAUUAAAGUUCGUUGAAUAACCUAGCUAAAAGAAAUUAACUAAACGGAAAUAAAAAUAAUUAUUUUAAAGGCUCUCUCUCGAUGCAAAGAGAAGAUAAUAAUAGGACAAGACAGUUUGCAUAGCUACUCCAAUGACCAGAAAUACUAGUAGAAAACAAGAAAAGGAUAUAUAUAGUGCUCAGAUUGGUUCAUUUUACAAUACAUUAAAAAUUGAGAGGAAUAAUAUUGAUGAUGAAAUCUACAAUUAAGGAAAAAUAAAAUUUGGAGGAAGUUUUAAGGAAGGUCAUGAUUAUGCAAUGGGAACUGAAGAAUUUCCUCAGAAGUAGCCUACUACACCAAAUUCAAAUAAAAGUAAAUCAAGAAAGAUGAGUGCAAAAAAGGCUAGACAAUUUUUUCAAAGCUAAGUUGAAAAGGAAAAGGCUAAGGAUAUCAAACUAAAGAAACUUGAGGAGAAUAUAAAACUUUAGGAAUUAGAGGAUUAGCUGAAGUUAAUGAAGCAUAGAAAAGUUACAAAAUAGGAUAAAGAGGAAUUCUUUAAAAGAUAGAUCAAUGACAUUAACUAAAGAAGAAGUAGAAUGGAUAUGUAUCACUAGGAAAGGUAGAAGCUAGAGGAAUAAAAAAUGAAGGAGCUUUUCAAGCCAAAAAUAAAUUAAUCAUAAAAUUCUCUAAUGAGUUUGAAAUCAUCUUUUAGAUAAAAUACCUCGCCAUUUAACAACAAUGACUCUACAAUGAAUUUCAAGAUAGAAGAUAACACUAGCUCUGAUAGAAGAUUGAGCUCAAUGAGUAAAUCAGUUUUUGAGAGACUCAGUAUAGACAACUAAAAAAGAGUUAGCUUUAAUAAAACUCUGAAAACUUCAGUCGAAUCCAGAUAAUCACUUGGAGAUAGCUUUGCAAAGAAUAAAUCUAAUGAAAAUAAUUCUUAAAAAACUCAAGCAAAACUUGCUAUUCCUAUUCCAAAAAAUUAAAUUAAGAAAAGUUUUAUCAUAGAUGAAUUAUAGAAAAGCAAGAACAAAUCAACAAUUUUAGACAAAGUAUUAGAAUAAAAUUCUAGUAAGGUGACUAGAAAAUUGAAUGAGGCAAUCAAGUCUCAGAUUUAAAAUAAUGUGGAUUGUAAAAAGAAAUCUAAUGGAAUAAAAGUAUAUGAGUUUUCUCAAUAUUCUCUGAAUAAGACCACAGAUUCGUUUAUAAAUGAAUUUUGA